AUGAUUACACCAUCAGUUGGAUACAGAAUCGAAGGUUCUAAUGAUACAGAACCUAAAGUAUUUGAUUGUUCAACGGUACCUAAUCUUUUAGAGGGUGUAUUCGAUCUGUCUGAUAACGAUUCCCUCUAUUUUCGUGAAACUUUUUUAAAUAGAGAUCACUAUAAUUUCAUUAAUACAACAACACCAGAGAAUCCAGUCUGUAUAUCAAUAGUUUUAGAUAAAGAUGGAAAGAACUAUAGUAGUUUACUUAGAACCUCUGCUGGUAAUCAAAGAUUGAGUGUACCGGCGGACAAUGUAAAAGCAUCAUGGUGGAGAAGAUUAUUUAAAGCAGGACCCUCACCCUAUGACAUGUUAAGAUCGAUCGCACCACAACACUACAACGGAAUGAAAUUGAUUGUUGAUCCUGCAUUGCCACCUGCACUUAUGAACUUGGAAGAGAAACAAACUAUUAAAGGAUUUAAAUUUGGUAUAUUAUAUGGACAGGAAGGUCAAACUAAAGAGGAUGAAAUGUUUGCAAACGUUGAUUCAAGCGCUGAAUUCGAAGAGUUUUUAGACUUUAUUGGUGAGCGUGUCCCAUUAACUGGAUGGCCAAACUUUAGAGCAGGUCUCGAUGUUAGAACUGGAACAACUGGAAGUCACUCUAUCUAUCAACGUUGGAAUAACAAUGAAGUGAUGUAUCAUGUAUCGAGUAUGCUGCCAUUCAAUCAGAAGGACAAGCAGCAACUCGAGAGAAAAAGACACAUUGGUAAUGAUAUUGUGGUCGUUGUCUUCCAGGAUGGCGACACCGUUUACAGACCUACCACCAUCAGUUCGCGUCAAGUUCACGUCGUCCUGGUAGUCAAGGCAGUCAAGGUUGAGUCUGACCCAGGACAGCGUUACUAUCGAUUGGCAGUGGUCUCGAAAGACUCUGUACCAGAGUUUGGUCCACCAAUGCCACAGAACGGUUUAUUCAAAAAGGAUCAAGCAUUCAAAGAUUUCUUUUAUGCAAAGUUGUUAAAUGCAGAGAAAGCAAGUUACUCUGCACCAAUCUUGGAAAUGAAACUUUCACGUACAAGAAAAGCAUUGUUAAAAGAUGUUUCUGAAGCCUUUUGUUAA